GUUCAUUUACUCAUAUUACAAUAUUUUUAAAACUGGACUUGUUUAACAAUACUAUAGUCCAGACCAUUUUACAGACCAAUACUCUUGUGUCUGCUUUUUUCCCAUGGAACUGCAGAAAACAAUCCCUCUGUUUCUUCUCUUCUGCUGUUUAAUUAGUACGAAAAUCUUCGUUGCAAGCACAGUAACUUGCAUCCCAUCUGCAUGUAGCACUAAUGAACCAUUAAUCCGAUUCCCUUUUCGUCUCAGAAAUUACCAAUCAAUAGAUUGUGGCUUUCCAGGUUUCAACUUAUUCUGCGAUGCAUCAAAUAAGACAAUUCUUCGAUUACCUGGAGAAGUCAGAAUCAUGGUACAAGGCAUAAACUAUUCCACACAGGAACUAUGGCUUAACGAUCCUAACGAUUGCCUUCCACAGCUUCUCCUUAGACUAAACCUCUCUUCUUCCCCAUUUUCCGGUGUUUAUUAUCAGGAUUUCACGUUGUUCAAUUGCUCCGUUGAUUUUACGACGAUCAAGCUAAAUCCAAUAGCUUGUUUGAGUGGUUUGAAUUAUACUGUUUAUGCUACAUCAUCUAUGAAGGGAUUUAGGUUGUUGUCGAGACCAGAGUGUAAGUUGAUAAGAGCUGUUGCUGUUCCAGUACAGUGGCCUUUCUUUGAACAAGUGGUGUCUACAGAUCUUAGUGCUGAUAUUCGAGUUACAUGGGCUAAUCCAGAUUGUAGAAGUUGUGAGUCAAGAGGUGGACGAUGUAGUUUGAAGAGGACUACGUUUAGUAGAGAAAUUGUUUGUGAAAAUGCUCGUGGUGUCGGGUUUCCUAAAGGCGCACGUUACGCUAUAAUAGUUGGAGCUGGGGUGCCAGCAAUGUUAUUCUUGAUUGGGUUCUUAUGUUUCAUAAGUGGAAGGAUAAGGUCUUAUAGAAGGAGAGCCCAACCAGUACUAGAAUUCAGCUCUGUCGUCGCACCACAACCCAUUGCAUUUGUUGGCCUAGAUGAGUCCACAAUAGAAUCCUAUCCCAAAACUGUGUUGGGAGAGAGCAGACGUUUGCCCAAACCUGAUGACAAUAUCUGCCCAAUAUGCUUAGCUGAAUAUCAGCCCAAAGAGACCUUAAGAACCAUUCCUGAAUGCCAACACUCUUUCCAUGCAGACUGCAUAGAUGAAUGGCUUCGAUUAAAUGCUUCUUGUCCAGUUUGCCGCAAUUCCCCCAAGUAUGUUCAUGCUAUAGUGUAGUAUAAUAUGGUUUUAAAAAUUUCGGUUUGAUAAUUCGGUUUUCAAAAAUGCUCUAUCGUUACUAUCUCAGAAUUAGUUUGGUACAAUGUGAUUUCGGUUUGUGCGAUACGGUACAUUGGUACUUUCAGAUUGUUCGACUUCGACCUUACAUUCAGUGAAGAAUUAUGACUUCGACAAUGGGGGAAACUCUUUGAUGCUUGAAAGGAAUGAAAAUUGUUGGAAACCAUGCACAAAUUUGAGUAAUUUAUUUGUAAUGUAUAUUAGUUAUGACUGUAAUUAAGUGUUUGAUUUAUACUUAGCAGUAAAGCUAGAAGCUUUCAGUUUGAAAGAAUUUAGGCCUUUUAUUAGUUGAUUUUUGGAGAUUAAUUAGAUUUCUAUCAUAAUAUAUAUGGAUUGUUUAUGUAAUUAAA